AUGACGGUCGCAAAAGCAGGGAGUGACUCCAGUCGUGGAGAACGAUCUAGCCACGAGAUCAAGAGGACAGGGUCCGAGUCGUCAGAACAUCUGGAAAAUAUCGGCGUGGCCUCUCCAGUCACCAUAGCAGACGAUGGCAUCUACGAGAAUGAAUCACCACAGAAUCCACGAAAUUGGCCUCAUUGGAAGAAAAAUGCUCAGAUCCUGAUGGUGGCAUUCCAUUCGAUGAUGGGAACUUUCAUGGCAGCUGGUAUCGUUCCGGCAUAUGAUGCUUUUGCAGAGGAGUAUAAUGUCACGGUUCCAGCUGCUAGUUACUUGACCUCAUUCCAGAAACACGAUUCAGAUUUUGCUUCUCGGCUUAUCCCCCUCAUAUGGAACCCUGUCACUGCUGUAUAUGGUCGAUACCACGUUACACUGCUUUCGGUGUUCGGAAGCAUGCUUUGCAACAUCGGUGGCGCACGAUGCACAUCAUACGGUGCCCAAAUGGCCACUCGAGUACUCACAGCUAUCCUCAUUUCCCCGCCGAUCGGCAAUGGCAGUGGUGUCAUUACAGAGCUAUGCGAGCCUGAGCAUCGUGGCAAGAAGAUCGGCUGGUGGACGUUGAUGACCACCAUCGGUACACCAUCCGGCCCAUUCUUCAUGGGUUUCGUGAUCAAGCACAUCGGUGUCCAAUGGAUCUUCUGGAUUUUCGCUAUCAUCAACUUCUGCCAGUUCUUGAUGUACCUUGCCAUCGGAGAUGAAACGAUCUACAAUCCCAAGAACGAGCGAAAGACAUCCGGGUUCUGGAGUAAGCUGGUUCCACGAAAGAUCAGCUCCAGAUCCCUUCGACCUCUGGACAUUGUUGCGCCGUUCUCUUUGGCUUCGCAUCCCCGCAUUCUUAUUGCGGCAUUUGCUCAUGCCAUCACAUUCUGCUAUGCUAAUAUAGCCAUCAUUGUGGAAAUGCCGAUUGCCUUCGGAGAAAAGUUCCACUUCGACGCUCAGCAGAUCGGACUGCAGUUCAUCGCCAUUAUCAUCGGAUGUGUCUUGGGUGAACAAAUCAGUGGACCCAUGUGCGAUUGGUUCAUGGAACGUAUUCGCAAGACCCGGGGUCAUUCAUGCCCAGCUGAUCGUCUUUGGCUUUCUUACAUUGCCUUUGCGACCAUAUUUGCCGGUCUGUUGACUUGGGGUUUCCAACUGCAGCAUGCGACCACCUGGAAUGUCACCCCGUGCGUCGGGGCUGCCAUUGCGAGUUUUGGAAACCAAAUGCAAACCACUAUUCUCACUACUUUCGCGGUGGAGAGCAAUAAGGAACGAGCAAGUCAGGUCGGUGUGUUUGUCAAUGUUUGUCGACAAAUUUACGGAUUCCUCGGUCCGUUCUAUUUCCCAGACAUGUUUAGCGCACUUGGAUUUGGUGGAGCGGCUGGUGUGAUGGUGGCGAUCAUCGGAGGAUGCGCAUUACUCCCGAUGAUCGCAGUGCAGUUUGUUUCAACACGAAGUGAUACGCGUUAA